UUCCCUCUCCCCUCCCCUCGAGGGCGGUUUCUGCCUUCUCCCCAUGCCCAGUCCCAUGGCAGCUCGCGGCUGGCAGGAGCACAAGCCAGUGGUCAGAUGCAACGUCCCGCCGUGUGCACUGUGACUGCUGGUGCUUCGGACAAGACUGCCUUGAGUGGAGUGAAACUCAGGAGCCGAGAAAGCAAGUCCCUGUGAAAGGAUGGGAAAUUAUCUCCUGAGAAAACUCAGUUGCCUGGGAGGGAAUCAAAAGGAGCUCGAGAAGGUAAACCCAGAUGUGGAAGGAAAACGGCAGGAAAUGACUACAGUUGAAAGACAAGGUCAAAGUCAUGGUAAGAAAAUUGAAGAAGUUACAUCCACUUUUAAUCAGGAAAGUGAGAAUGGCAGUGGUUCUGAAGAAGUGUGCUACACUGUCAUUAAGCACGUUCCCCGUCCAAAGCCCUCCCUGACCUCCAAUGAUGAUGGCUAUGAGAACAUUGACUCCAUCACAAGGAGAGUGAGACAGCUUAGAGAAGGAUCAGAGACGGAAUAUGCUCUUGUUCGGACUUUUGUCACGAGGCCUUCCUCCUGCACGCAGGAGCAUGAUUAUGAACUCGUGCUUCCACACUGAAACCCUCAAGUUGCCUCAUCAUCUCCAGCAGUGGAGAUGAUACGGCACAGCAGACUCCAGGGGAGACCUUCACUCGCAGUGGUUCAUGAGAUGAUCGCUUCUGGCCAGAGUCGAACAAUUAUAUCACUUUACUAUACAGCCUUGGGCAACUCUGAAACCUGGCAUCUGCGUGGUUUGGGCAAAACCGUAUCAAUUGACAUAAUGACUUAGAGUAUUCCAUAUGUUAUUGCUUGUGAAGUUUGAGGACAUGGAGUGGGUGAAAAACCCUCUGAGGACAACAAGCAUACAUAGGUACAUGCCUUAGAACCUUCAACUCCAACCCUCUCCUUCAUAUUUCAAAUGCCAACUUCUCCACUUCCAAUUAUCUAUUUUGUUUUUGAGGUGUAAUCUACAAAAUAAACUUUUUAAACCCAAGACUAUUGGCCAGG